AGUGCCCCUGUUGAUCCGGUGUGCUGUCAGACCGUCUGUGUGUCGCCGCCGGCCGACGGGACUCGUUCUGCCGCAGUUGAACUUUACGACCGUCAACAUGUCGCACACCGUCAUCACGACCACCACCACCAGGACGUCCGGCGACGGGCUCCUCAACCUGGGCUACACCCGGACCAUCCCGGGGCUGCUCAAGAUGGGACAGAUGCUGGCUCUGCUCGUCACCUUCCUUUGCGUCCGCUGCGUCCGGGGUUGGCCCAGCUGGGCGGCCUUCCAGUUCUUUGAGGUUGUGGCGCUGUGGUUCCUCGUGGCCUUACUCAUCUUCUUCCUCAUGCACCUGUUCCGGCUGCAGGCGAAGAUGCCGUGCAUCAACUGGCCGCUGACGGAGUUCUUCCAUUAUUCCGUCGGCACCGUCCUGAUCCUCAUCGCCUCCAUCGUCGGCGCCGUGAAGAGCGAAUCGGUUUCUGCGCUGGUGGCCGGAUCGGUGUUUGGCUUCAUAGCGACGUUCCUGAUGGCCGUCAGUCUGUGGACGUCUUACAGUGUGACCUGUGGCCCUCAUCCCACCGGUUCCGCAGUGUGAAAACAGCGACUCGUCUCUUGAGGAAACCGAUGGCUGGUGUCUGCAGUUCGCUGUGUCCUGCCUAGCAACCACCUGGAUAAUUGACCUGUUUAUUGGAUCAUAAUUCAUUCUGCAGAGGGAACAGAAGCGCUGAUCCAGGACCAGCCGUCGCUUUCAACAGUCCGACACAUAAACAUCCCCGAUCUCCACGGUAAAACCCCGACAGGAUCGUAGUAACGUUACUGCUCCCAAGUACUCUCCUCUGCUUGUCACAGAAUCACAUUGAAAGUUGCUCAGUUUCACAUUUUAACCACCGACUACGUUUCCCAUCAUCCCCGCCGCCUCCUGCCCUGAGAAGGGCCGACAAUCUUUGUUUUUUUUGUCUCCGUAAGCUUUUCCCAUUCCUCCACCAAUCACCUGGAGAAAGAAGCUAAAGCUGUGUUAGCGUUAAAAGAACAGCGCCCCCUUACUGUCGUGUGCCAUAAAGCAGUUUCCCUCCGGACUCUCACAGCGCCUCGGCGACGCCUCGUCGUUGCGUUUCCUCCGUAACGUCUCAUCCGCUCAGUGAAACCAGUUCAGACCAUGGUUGUAUUAAAAUCUCUUUUUAAAAUCUCUUUUCUUAAACGUCAAACAAUGACACGAUGAACAGUACAGCCCUGUUAGCCUGCUACGCUAAUUUUGCUAGCACACUAAAACAUUUGUGUGCAAACAUUGUUCCGGCGUGCUAAUACAAAUUACAAGCAGGUGUUUCACAGGAAAGAGCUCGCACUGCUCGAGACUUUGUUAGCAUGCUAAAACAUUACUCAGGGGCUAAUACAUACGUGUGCUAAAAACGAUAGCAUGCUAACAAUUUUUGUAAAUUGAAACGUUGAAAAAACAAUCGCAUGCUGACAAUGCUUACAAACACACAAACAGGAAAUAGAAGUUUGGUGAUAAUCUACAUUUGUCAACAAACCGACAAUGUGUUUGUCUACAGACAAGCUGUGGAUUCAUCUGCCUCUGAAAAUAGUCCCCGACAAACGCACCGUUCUCUUCUGUACAGCACCCAGCUGUUCUGGGAAAUGACUGACCCUUCUUUAACAAACUGCAGAUAUUCUAUUGCCUGGAGCAGAGAGCCACAGACAAGUUAGAGAAGUUAGUCUGCACAUGAUGUUUAUUGAUGGUAUCAAAACAUCAAUAAUUUUGCCGUUACAUCCUUCAAACAGUAACUGCACAACCGUGUGACAAAGGAUGUGCCAUCGAUUUGACCUAUUAAUGGAAAAAUUACUAGAGCCCGACCGAUAUGGAUUUUUGGGGGCGAUGCCAAUAUCGAUUUUAGGGAGUACAAGAUUCCCGAUACCGAGACAUCCGCCAAUAUAUAUAUAUAUAUAUGUUUAUAUUUAU